ACAUUGUGUGUUUACAUCUGCACGGGGCAAAGUUCCCACUGAGUUUGGUAAUAUUUAACGGGACAGUUUUGGGUGACAUGGCAGAGCACCAGGCAUGAGGAACAAGCAGCAUCUUUGACAUGUAUUCACUCUGUGUAACUCUCUCUGCUGAUCCACAGAGACACCAGACUGAGGGCCAUCCAGCAUUGAACAAUGGUGGUUCAUCUGUUGUUGCUCCUACUUUCAUGCAAGAUUCAAGCAGUUAGAGCUCAGAUGAAGCUGUCACCUGAAACACUGACUGUCCUGCGAGGGGAGGAGGCCCGGUUUACUUGCAGUACCUCCAACACCCAGUGGACCGUUAUGGUGUGGCUGCUCAAUGGCACGGUGGCGCUCACCAUCUCAAAGUUGCACGGUGUCCUGCAAUCCACCAACACUAAUGUGACGGCUGAGAAAAGCCCCGUUUCAAAGGGAGACAGCUGGGUGUUUGUCCUCACGAGCACGGAGAGGUACCACCAGGGACAAGUGACCUGUGACCUCCAGGACAUUGAUAGGAGAACAGCAAGCCUGUUUGUACAAGAAAAAGGCAGUGUGAAGGUCUUUGGGGACGACAAGUUGGCUUUCAAGGGGCAGUCUGUGCUGUUUGAAUGCCAAGCAGCAGGAUGGUACCCUAAACCCAGUCUGCAAUGGCAGGUGAAUCACAGAAAGGUGAGCCAGGGUGAAUACAACAUCAGCAGUGAAGCGUCAGGGGAGAGCCUCCUCACUGUGAGAAGCAACCUCAGCGUGACGGCAGCAAAGAGCUCUCAUGUGGAUUGUCUGGCCUCUGUGUCUGCCCUCCCCACACCACUGAAGAGCAGCGUCCAUCUGACAGUGGUUGCGGAGGUCGGGCAGGAAGAGGAUGAGUGCACAGUCCCGCUGGCGGUAACGGCCUCCCUCUCUGCUCUUCUGCUCCUCCUCCUGCUCUGCAUCUGCACUGUCCUCUGUUACAGACAAAGGACACAAGCAAAACCAAACCCAAAGGAAGCUGUAUGGUUCAACCAAUCAGUGGCUGGGAGAAGCUCGGUUGCUGAGAUGACAGGGGGGAAGGAUAACCUGGGAUACUCUGUUGAGGGCCUCAGAGCAGAUGCAGAUUACAAUGAGCUAAUCAUGGAAACUCGUAGCCAGAUGGACUUUGUCAGCUUUCAAAAGGUCCCUGACGUUGUGCACUCCAACAGCCUGUCUCUACACAGUGAGAGCCAAGUCCAGGUGUGUCUGUCAGAGGAAAACUCCAAGAACGUCAGGAGAAUUACCACAGUUUGAAUAUGUUUGUUAUGAUGUUAUUUGAUGUAAUAAAUAUGGUGUUAAUGAAAAAAGUAUAUUAUUGUGAUGCAUAGUAUUUACAACAGGGCAACUCACCAUUGUUUGAAUGGUGUAUAACUGAAAUUUUAGUAAAGCUAGAAGCUAAUAUUAUGUGAUCAUGAGCAGUAUGAGUACAGCUUUUUUUAAAUAUACCUUUGACAUUUUUGAAUGAAUCUGAAUAUAUAACAUUGUAUUUUUAUAUUCAGUAAAUAUUUUUUUGUGUGUGUUUCUUUAUAUUGUUGGCUUUUAUUUACCUAAUUUUAUUUACCUUACAGUAUAUACUUU